AUGAACUCCUUCGUUUCUCUUGCUCUUUUCGUCGGAGCUGCUCUGGCCCAGUCUGCACAGAUUGGGCUUCCUGCUGCUGGCCAACAGCUCUCCAAGGGUAGCGAUGUCGUUGUCCAAGUCCAGCGCCCAGACACCCUAACCGGAUCUACUGAGAUGGCUGUUGCCAUUGGAAUUUCAUCCUGUGCAACUCAGGCUUGCCCCCAAUCGGAUGAGUUCAUGGGUACUAUCCUCUACAGUGGCCCAUUCAAGCCCGAGUUUCAUGAGGGCAACCUGCCUCCAUACCAAAACUUCACCGUCAACGUCCCCCCUAGCUUUACUGCUGGUAAUGCUCAGAUUAAUGUUGCCCAUGCUACGUUGAUUGGGGCUUCACAAUAUCCGCUCUUGGAGACUCUUAACCGAACUGUGGUUGUUGCCUAA